AAUAAAGCAAACUGAACUACUGAACUGAUGUAGCAAAUGUUCGUUUUCAAAAAACAUCUGUGUCUGUGUUCGAUUUAAUAUUUAAUAGAAUUAUUAUUAUUACUAGUUAUUUUUACUACGAAUUACGAUUAUUUAAGUAUUACAUUUUGAUUUCAAAUCGUGAAUAAUUAUUUUAAUCAGUUUAUUCUUGCAUUUCUAUUUUCUAUGCUGUCCAUUGAUUUCACAUGGCUGUCUAGUUUAUCAUAUAAUUAUCGAAUUUAUGACUAACCUUGUUCGUUGUGGGCCUAGUACCAGUUUCUCAGGUGUCCUUGUUUUGGCAAAUCUUUGUUUUCGACUGUCUAAAUGAGCGAAGAUAGUUUGCAACCCAACUGUAUUCUACAGCAACCGUCACCUACUACAUCUAUUUACCAGCCAAUCGUACCUGACAUUGAAUUCGAACAGCCUUUAAGCGACAAUCUGGACCCCAAAGAUAGAGAGAAUCAACCUCUACUGGGACGCAUGGAUCAUACUCCGGGUUAUAAUCAUUUUCCAGAUGAUCCAGCAUUCAGUUAUGUUAUUAAACAAUCAGAGUUAGCUAUAGAUAAUAGUGUCUUUCCUGAGCGCAUUUAUCAAGGGUCCAGUGGCAGCUAUUUUGUCAAAGAUACAAAUAGUAAAAUUAUUGGUGUUUUCAAACCAAAAGAUGAAGAACCUUAUGGUUUGUUGAAUCCAAAAUGGAUUAAAUGGUUACAUAAAAACUGUUGUCCUUGUUGCUUUGGUCGUUCUUGUUUAAUACCUAAUCAAGGAUACCUAUCAGAAGCUGGUGCAAGUCUUGUAUCGACAAAACUUGGAUUAAAUAUUGUACCUAAAACUAAGGUUGCAAAAUUGGUUAGUGAGACAUUCAACUAUGGACGUAUAGACAGAGAGAAGACUAGAAUGAAACAUGCUAUCAACGAUCAUUUUCCUAAAUUGGGACGGCGAUUUAACAGACUUGGUCUUAGGCCCAAAAUAGGAUCCUUCCAAUUAUUCAUGGAAGGUUAUAAAGAUGCUGAAUAUUGGCUUAGACGACUUGAAUUAGCUCCAUUACCAUUAAAUCUUCAAUCCCGUUUUCAAAUUCAAUUUGAAAGGCUAGUUGUGUUAGAUUACAUUAUUCGAAAUACUGAUCGAGGUAAUGAUAAUUGGUUGAUUAGGUAUGAUCAACCGAGCUUAAGCUCAAGCCCAAAUGCUAGUCUUACAAAUUCUACUGUUAGUGAAAGCUCAAAUGAAUGGAAUAGUGUUCAAGAACCAGACAUAAAGAUAGCAGCUAUUGAUAAUGGUUUAGCAUUUCCAUUUAAACAUCCUGACUCAUGGCGUGCAUAUCCCUAUCAUUGGGCAUGGCUUCCACAAGCAAAAAUUCCAUUCAGUAAGGAUACGAGAGAACUAGUAUUACCUUAUCUAUCAGAUAUGAAUUUUGUUCAAGAUUUGUGUGAUGAUCUUUACAAUUUGUUUAAGAUGGACAAAGGAUUUGAUAGACAUAUGUUUGAAAAGCAAAUGAGUGUUAUGCGUGGACAGAUAUUAAAUUUAACUCAAGCUCUAAAAGAUGGCAAAAGUCCUGUACAACUUGUUCAAAUGCCAGCUGUCAUUGUUGAAAGGUCUAAAGGUCAUGUGGGAACUACUUCCAAGUUUCGUUCAUUCAGCGAUACAUUUACUCAAAGAUUUCAAAACAAAAGUCCUUUCUUUUCAUGGUGUUAAAUGCUCUUUAUUUAGAAUACAUAAAUGUUAAUACUGUUUUAAACAUUGAAAAUAAUGUCAACAUUGUGUGUAAUAAAUAAUUAUAGAAGGCUGUGGAUGUAUUUAAAAUAAUACUUGAUAUUUUUUCGGCAAACAGGGAUAAACAGCCUAUAGUUAUUUUAAUUGUAAUUUUUUUUUAAUAAAUUAAAAGUCAAGGUUGCAUUUGGAACUGAGAUAAUGUUUAUUAACGUCAGUUAUAUAUAAUUCUGUAAGUCUUUGAGACAAAAAUUGCAAUCAUUUUGCAAUUGAUAACUGAUAUUUUUCAUUUAAUUCAGUU